AUGCCUAUACUGCCUGUCGCCCUCUACGGGCUUGAGGUCCCGGCGCAAGGCAUCAUGGUUCCCGCUAUGCAGGAGGAGGUUAUCCAGGGUGCUUUUUCCAAAGUUGUAAGUACUAAUAUGGAAUCGAAUCUCAAGUAUCGCAUCACCAUGGCUGCUCUUGACCCCACUGAGGAGCCUGAAGCCGAUGAUGAGGGUAAUAUCCCCGCCGUCCCGCGUUCUACGCUUAAGCUCAUCCGCAAGCGACCUUCUCUCAACGGCGAGCUUGAUGACGAAUUCUUAAACCAGUUCAUGGGCGGCGAUGAUUCGGAUUCGGAUGACGACGAAGAAGAUUCGGAUGAAGAGGCUAAUGGCGGCCCAAGUGAUCCUUCCAAGUCGAAGAAGGCCCGGCGCGAGGCUGCUAUGCAAAAACUCAUCCAAGCUGUCCAAGAAGAAGAAGACUCGGACGAGGAGAUGGAGGAUGAUGAUUCCAAGCCCAAGCUGAAGGCCAAUGGUGUCGCUAAGGCCACCAAGAAGGGCAAGAAGGGAAAGGAACCCGCUACUUCCAGUGAUGACGAGGAUGACGACGAGAGCAUCGAUUCUACUACCCUAGAUCUCGAGGAGCUUGUCGUUUGUACCCUUGAUACCGAACGCAACUACCAACAACCCCUUGACAUCACCAUUGGAGCCGACGAGGAAGUUUUCUUCGUUGUCAAGGGUACUCACACCAUUCACUUGACUGGUAACUACGUUGUCGAUUCUGACGAUGUCUCCGAUGAGGAAGACGAGGACGAUGAUGACUACGGCAUGGGCAUCGAAGAGUAUGGCUCUGAUGACUCUGAGGUAGAUGAGCUCGAUAAUCUCCAAGACCCUCGUGUUACAGAGGUUGACACCGACGAAGAGGAUGCCCCUAAACUGGUAGCUGCCGGGACCAAGAAGGGCAAGAACAAGCGUCCUGCCGAGGAAGCGGAGAGCCUUGAUAGCCUGAUAGCCAAGGCUGAGGAGACCAAGUUGAGCAAGAAGCAGCAGAAAAAGCUGAAGAACAACAAGGGUGAGCCUGUUGGUGUUAAGGAGGAUGCCAAGGCCGAACCCACCAAAGACGCUUCCACCAAGGGUGAUAAGAAAGUCCAGUUCGCCAAGAACCUAGAACAAGGCCCCACUGGUUCGACUGCCGCCGAGAAGGGCGCUACCCCCGGCGUAAAGGUUGUUCAGGGCGUCACCGUUGACGACCGCAAGAUUGGAUCUGGCCGCGUCGCAAAGAAGGGUAACAAGGUUGAAGUCCGAUAUAUCGGCAAACUUCUGGAUGGAAAGGUUUUCGAUGCCAACAAGAAGGGAAAGCCCUUCAGCUUCUCCGUAGGAAAGGGAGAGGUCAUUAAGGGUUGGGACAUUGGAAUCCAAGGCAUGGCCAUUGGUGGCGAACGCCGACUGACUAUCCCUGCUCACCUCGCGUACGGAAGCAAAGCGCAACCCGGCAUUCCUGGCAACAGCACAUUGGUGUUUGACAUCAAGCUAAUGAACAUAAAAUAA